AUGGAGGGCUUGUGCCAACAUUACAGGUUCUUCUUUGCAAUAACACUUCAAGUCUUGUUACUGGCAGGGCUUGAUCUUCAGUUAUCUUAUUCUUCUACAACCACUCAGAGCUUUCAUUUUAAUGUUGAGUGGAAGAAGGUGAGUCGUUUGUGCCACACAAAGCCACUUCUAACGGUGAAUGGGGAGUAUCCAGGGCCGACCAUUGCUGUUCAUGAAGGCGACAAUGUAGAAAUAAAGGUCACUAAUAACAUGGCCAUGAACACCACUAUCCAUUGGCAUGGAAUAAGGCAACUAAGAACAGGAUGGGCAGAUGGACCAGCUUACAUUACACAAUGCCCUAUAAGAGGAGGGCAGUCCUACACAUACAAGUUCACUGUGAUCGACCAAAGAGGCACCCUCCUAUGGCAUGCACAUUAUGGUUGGCAACGUUCUUCAGUGCAUGGCUCCUUCAUAAUCCACCCUCGCAUGCCAUAUCCAUUUUCAGUUCCAAUCCAAUCUGAAGUGCCCAUUAUAUUAGGUGAAUGGUGGAAUGCAGAGGUAGCCGCAGUGGAAAAUGAGAUGAUGUUGUAUGGAGGUGGGCCUAAUAGUUCAGAUGCUUAUACCAUAAAUGGCUUGCCAGGACCACUCUAUCCUUGCUCUAACAAAGAUACUUACAUCCAGACAGUGGAACAUGGCAAAACCUACAUGCUUAGAAUCAUUAAUGCAGCACUCAACAAUGAGCUAUUCUUUGCCAUAGCUAAACACACAUUGACAGUUGUUGAAGUUGAUGCAGUUUACACAAGACCUUUCACAACUACAGCAAUUAUGGUUGCUCCUGGACAAACUACCAAUGUUCUGUUCACUGCAAAUCGAAUUCCAGACUCCUCAGGCAUGUUUGUGAUGGCAGUCACUCCUUAUAUAACUUCCAUUUUUCCCUUCAAUAACUCUACUUCAGUUGGCUUUUUAAGGUACAGUAAUUUUAGGACAGAAACAAGUGAGACCCCUUUUUUGCCAAGGAGUUCUGCAUUUCAUAACCUUCCUGAAAUGAGAGAUACUGCCUUUGCUACAAGAUUUUCUAAAAAAAUCCGCAGCCUUGCAUCUCCUGAGUAUCCUUGUCAUGUUCCCAAAAAGAUUGAUAAGCGAGUUAUAACAACUAUAAGCCUUAAUCUUCAAGACUGUCCUGCAAACAAAACUUGCAAGGGCUAUGAAGAUAAGAGAUUCUUUGCUUCCAUGAAUAAUCAAUCCUUUGUUCGGCCUUUGAAGUCGAUAUUGGAAUACCAUUACAAGAACUUCACUGCAUACUCUUUAGAUUUCCCGGAAAAGCCACCUAAUGCUUUUGAUUAUACCGGAGUGGACCCAGUGAAGGAAAACAUGAACACCGAGUUUGGUACAAGGCUUUUGAUAUUGCCAUACGGCACAAAAAUAGAAAUUGUGCUGCAGGAUACAGGUUUUCUUAACGUGGAGAACCAUCCAAUUCAUGUCCAUGGUCACAACUUCUUCAUUGUUGGCAGUGGAUUUGGAAAUUUCGAUGCUAUAAAGGAUCCCAAAAACUACAACCUUGUUAAUCCUCCAGAAAGGAAUACAGUGGCAGUUCCAGCUGGAGGAUGGGCUGCAAUUAGAUUCAAUGCAGACAAUCCGGGAGUAUGGUUCAUUCAUUGUCAUCUUGAGGAACAUACUUCCUGGGGACUAGCCAUGGCUUUCAUUGUCAAAAACGGCCCAGAACAGUCUCAGAGCUUGCUCCCACCACCUCAAGAUCUUCCCUCCUGUUAA